AUGGAUACCUCAUGGAGUGAAAGACGAAUGCGUAACAAACGGCGCUAAGAAAGCAAUAUGGAAAUGUGUACCAGUUAACUACGAUUUCGACGGCCAUCAGUUCGACAACAUACGUUGGAUGGUGGACGACAUAGCUGUGGUGAAAGUUGAGGACGAUUUCAACUUCAACCGUCGAAUCCUCGGCUGCGACUUCAUACCAAAGAAAAUCAGCUACAAUAACCGUAGUGCGGACUUGGAGAAACCUGGUACAGUCGGCUCUGUCGCUGGGUGGGGAUCGCAGGAUAGGUUUAGCGACGUGAUCAAGUCUCCUGCAAGACAAACCAUCAAUUCUCCAGUUCUCAUGGAAACAGUAGUUGUUCUCAUAUCGUCAACUCUUUGCAAGAAACGAUGGCCAGAGCACUAUCACCAUAUCAUCGACAAGUCAAUGAUUUGCGCUAAAGAUGACGUCAAUUCGGAUACGAUGGGCGCCAUUUGCAACGACCAAUUAAGAUGCAAAGAGUUGAUUAGUUCAGAAGAGGAUGGGAUCGGCAAAAGAAGAUCUCUUAUACCUAUGAACGAAGAAAUUCACAGCGCUUCUCAUUCAUUCGAUUUUAGAAGAUCCAAAGUGAAAUCUGGAGGGUUUUGUGAGGUUUUCUUACAAGCUAUAAAACUUAGUUUCUCUACUCUUCACCAUGUGGUACGAGUAAACGAUCACGGUGGCCCUCUAGUGGUAGGUCAUGGUACAGGUGCAGUUGUGGUAGGAGUGAUCUCAGCCUGCCUCACAGCAGACAUAACUCGCAAGUGCUACGGACCGUUCCUCUAUACCAGCGUUUAUAGAAACAGACUUUUAAUCACUUGCGCCAUUGAUAAGGACAUUGUGCCAGCAAAAUCCGAGAAGACCUCAAAGCCCAAAAUCAAAAACCAACCAAGAAAAGGAGUUAGAGAAAAAACUAAUUAG